CGCCCCUCUGCCGCCUCCCCUUGCCUGGCUCUGCGCCUGCGCAGUAGUGACCAACGCGAGACACGGGGAUCGAGCUUCCGCACGGUCCAAACAGCUGGAACAGAACGGGGAUUAAACACGGAACCGCUGCAGAAUCUGACGACCUCGAGCCCACCGGGCCGGUAGACCUUCACCGGGAGGACGGCGCUGCGCAGGCGGGAGCUGCGUGCGUGUCCGCCUGCAGACGGAUCUCAGUGCCGAGGACAUGGCGGCGUGAAGGUCCAGAUGUCGACCUGGUGAUGAUGCUCCACGAUCAGACAAACACACGGACACUGCCGUCUGUCCUGUCCCCGACUAUCUGAUCCACGGUACUGCUCACUGUUUGGAUGUGACACGACUGAGAGGACGACAUGAUGUCCCCCAGGUGGACCCGUAUGCCCGCCUCGUUGUUCCUGGUCCUGGUUCUGACCCGCUCGGUGGCAGCGGCCCGCUCUGACAGAAACGUCGUGUCAGAGGAGUAUGUGGGCGCAACGGUGAACGCCACGGUGAUGGACGGGCGGGGAAACGUUCUCCACAUGAUGAGCAGCGACGAGGGGACAUACGGACAAAACUCACCUAAGGUGGACACCAGGGGACUUGUCAUCACACCUGCCCAGCACCACGGAGUGGUGGACCGGCAGGGCUGCGACCCCGGAACCCGUUUCCUGGUCCCUCCUCGGAACGCUCACUGGGUGGCGCUGCUGCAGAGAGGAAAUUGCACCUUUAAGGAGAAGAUUCUGAAGGCGGCCGCCUACAACGCCACAGCAGUAGUCAUUUACAACAACUCCACCGACAAGACUGUCAAGAUGGGACACGAAGGUACUGGUGACACGGUGGCCGUGAUGAUCACAGAGGCGUAUGGUAAAGAAAUCCUGGCACACCUGGAGAGGAACCUGACUGUUGUGCUCUCUGUGGUGGUGGGUCAACGGAGUCCCACCAAAAACAUCAACCGAGGAUCGCUGGUGUUUGUCUCCAUCUCCUUCAUCGUCCUGAUGAUAAUUUCAUCAGCCUGGCUCAUUUUCUAUUUCAUCCAGAAGAUCCGCUACACCAGUGCCCGUGACCGCAGCCAGCGUCGCCUUGGUGACGCAGCGAAGAAAGCCAUCGGGAAGUUGACAACAAGGACGGUGAAAAAAGGAGACAAGGAAACCGAUCCGGACUUCAACCACUGUGCGGUGUGUAUUGAAGCGUACCAGCUUAACGAUGUGGUUCGCAUUCUGCCCUGCAAACAUGUCUUCCACAAGGUGUGUGUGGACCCCUGGCUCAACGAACACUGCACCUGUCCCAUGUGCAAACUCAACAUCCUUAAAGCUCUUGGCAUCAUGACCACUCUCCCCUGCGUGGACAGCGUGGUGUUGGAUGUGGAGCGUCUGGGUAUCGCUCAGGCGUCUGGAGGCCAAAGGGUGACGCUGGGCGAAAGCAACCAGCCGUCCAUUAGCCUAGAGCCACUGAGCCUGCCCCACCCCGAGGCCCCUCCCAGAACGCCUGCUGACAUCACCGUUGCUGUGACCAGUGGCGGUCACUUUUUUAACAGGAACUCAAUGUCUCCUCGCAGUUUAGUCUGCGAGAUGGAGCUACCAGACAUCCAGGCCUCGCUAGACCUCUAUGAAGACAAGUCCUGAGGCCCAUCGUCACUGUUCCUCCUCCUCCACCUGCUGAUGGACGGACAGCCUUUAUGGGCGCAGGUUGUGGGUUGUGUGGAGUGGGAGAGGGCGCGUUCCGAUAUAGACUACCUGGACGCACGUUAUACCAUCAUUAAUCAUCACGUUUUCUUUCCAACUGAACAUGGACUCUAGACUUUCAAGAAACAAUCCUGGAACACUCCCAUCAAAGUGCUUUUUUGUUUUUGGAAAACGUUUUCUAGAAAGGUCCCGAGCUCCCAAAAAGACUGCUUGAAAGGUUACUGAGGGACUCGGAAAGUUUGAUGGUCCCUGAAAAACUCAUGAAUCUGAAAGACGGUCCUGCGUUCUUAUAAAUGAUAUUGUCUCUCUCCUGAAAAGUCUCUAGAAGGUUCCUUUAACAACUUGAAAAAGAUUUCUUAAAUCUUUCUGAGUUUAUUUGGUUCCUGGGAAGGUUUGUGAGAAUAAUCCUCAGUGAUCAGUACUUUCCUGGACCUUAAAAUGAAGAACCCAAAACAUUGUAUUUAAAUAAUAUUCUUGGAAAAGUUAUUGAAGUUCUAAGGAGAUCCUUCAAAAAGAUACUGGCUGAGCUGAUUCCUGAUGUUCAUCAUCAGACUGGAAGCCAGACCAGUGGAUGACCUGGAUUCUCUGUGGAAACAAUCUAGGACUUGAAAGGUGGACAUCAUGAGGGUUGUGAGCAAAGCGACAUCACACCAUUCGACACGAUUCGAUUCACGGAGUGAAAAGAGCCGAACGUUGACAUCUCAGCUCAUCUUUGUGCGACUGUCCUUGCAGAAGGUAUAACCCAGGCUUAACAGUGUUAACUCCCCUGUAGCAUAACACCUGCUCAACAAGGACACUUAGAUUUAGAGGAGCAGUCUCAAAAUAUACUCUUUUAGUUGAAGUUCCUCAGCAAGCAAACCCGGGGUCCUCUGUUCUUCUUUUGAUGCUUCCAGAGAUUUAAAACUUCCACACCACAUGUAUUAAAUCCUCGUGUCCUUCAGAGUCAGAUGGGAAGAUCAGAGUUUAUUGGGCAUAUAUUAUGGACCCAGGGAGAAACCUCUCUAGGUCAAAAGAGAAAAUUGUCUGAUUUUCAGUCCACUGGUUUAGACCUUUUAGUUUGUCUGGAUUCCUCAAGUCUGGGGGCCAAUGAGUGGAGAGUCGGAUGGGGGUCACUACCUGUACUGCCACAAGCUGUAAGCAAAACACAUGUAAUCUCACCUUUUUCAUGUUUUAACUCCGUCCAAUUCAAUAAUCUACUUUUCAUUUGAAAUACAUUUCAUAAUAAAUAUAUAUUUACUGUAUCAUCAAAAGGUUGGACAAACUCAUUCAAUUGAAUGAGAGAGUGUGUCCAAACUGAACUGGUACUGUACAUGGAGAUUAUUCUCUAGUUGAUGCUAUUGUCAAUCCUUUUUAAGGUUGGGUCUCCUGGAUUCAUCGUCAGUGUCUCAUGUUAACUGCACUUAUUUAGCUUUCAGCUCUCACAACUAAUACAUAACGGGGAAAUAAAAAUUGACGACGGCAUUGACCCGCUAACUAACCCCAACAACAUGAAGGACCUUAAAGCUGCUAACAUGAAUGUGGUCCUGCCGUGUUCCCAUUUGCUGACAGAUGUGGCAUCCUCAGCUGGACCUAUGAGGUCACUGCUGUGUUCGUGUCACCCAGAGACUCGGAGUGUCUCCUGAAGUGACCGACGGCUCCUAUAAGAUGUAUUAAACUGCUUUUGAAUUACUCCGCGUGUAAUAAACUCCAGUGAAGGAGCUCCAUAUAUAAAAAGCAUUAUACAAUCUAUAACCUGACUGAUCAAUCAAUAUUAUCUUUGAAGACGUUUUUGUGUCACAUGGUGGUGAUGAUAGAGAGGAUACUUUCAGUUCACUCUGUCUCUUACUGCCUCAGAAUUAAAGUGUUAUUAUUGCCUUUAA